AUGUGGACGCCCGAGAGCCAUGAAGCCGCGCUUCUUGUGGCUAUGGGUGCGCUCAUUGCAUGGGGCUCGUGGAGCAAUACGGUCAAGCUGGCGCAGGUGUCCUGGACACGGUUCUAUCCGGCGUAUGUCGUCGGUGCCGUCCUCGCUGCCGUCGUCCUCGGCGCCACUCUGGGCGGACCCAUUGGCGGCGGGUCGAUGAGCCCAUCAUCCACCAACACCACCACGGCGGCAACAACGACCUCGCCAUCACCAGGGACGGGUGCCGGAGCCUCUAUACCAUCCAACUUGUCCCAGCGUCUGUUGAUGUUGUCAUCGCUGUCAUCGUCAUCGUCGUCAUCGUCAUCAUCAUCGCUGCUGUCAACCGAUGAUGGUAGCGGUGGCAGUGCGAGUGGCGGGCCAUCGACAUGGCACUCGCUGGGGAAUGCGGGUGGAAAGCAGGUAGCGAUGGCGUUGGGCGCGGGCGUGGUGUUCAAUGUGGCGAACAUGUUGCUGACGUGGGCGAUCACUGUGUGUGGCAUGGCGACAGCCUUUCCGCUCGGCAUCGGAACGGCGCUUGUGGUGGGGACGAGCUUCAACUACAGCCUCGAGCCAAAGGGCAAGCCCGGGAUGAUCGCUGGCGGAUGUGGCCUCGCGCUGGCUGCAGUCGCUGCCAUGGGCGUUGCCCAUGGACUGCACCAACGGAUCCGCGGCGGCUCCGAUGAGCGCCAUACCGAUGACGAGGCCGGCCGCCCGUUGCUCGUCAACGGGCGGGGGGCGGGUUCGCCGCCGCGGCAAACAGAGAUGGGUCUCGGAAGACAGGUUGCACUCUGCGUAGCCGCCGGCGUCCUCAUGGGGCUCUGGUCCCCGCUUUCUGUAGCGUCGAUGUCCGGCGCACAUGGCCUGACCACGUACGGAACGAUGGUGCUGUAUGUGAUGGGCAUGGCGGGCUCGUCGCUGGUGUUGGUCCCUAUCUGUGUCCGACUUGUUGGCAGCAACAGUGACGGCGGCAACGAUGAGGCCGAGGCGAGCGCGUGGCGAGUCCACGCAUGGGGCAUGCUGGGUGGCAUGGUGUGGUGCUGCGGAACGUGGGCCUCGCUGGUCUCGGGCAAGAAGCUCGGGUACGGGACGGCCAACGUGGGGCAUUGCGGCGUGGCACGAGUUUGA